AUGGCACCAAGGCGUACGCAAGCGGAGCAACCGAUGAAUGAUUGGGAGGAGUUCAGAAGAACUAUCAUGAUGAUGCACGAGAAUCUGUUGGAUACGAUCCAAACUUCGUUUCGUGAACUUACAGAGACGAUACAUGACCGGGAUCGGGAUCGCAACAGAGAGAGACAACAGUCCGACGAUGGAUUGUCUGAUGAAGAAGAUAACCCGUUUGCGGGUGAGGAUCACCGAAGGAAUAGGGCGCGUCCCCGUAUUCGAGAUCGUGAUGAUCGGAGUUGGGAGUUGGGCUUUAAGGUGGAACUACCUGAGUUUCACGGUGGUGUUCGUGGGGAAGAGCUGCUUGAUUGGCUCGUGGCGGUGCAGGAGAUGUUGGAAUUCAAGCGUGUUCCUGAAGCGCGCAAAGUAGCACUGGUGGCAACAAAGUUUCGGGGGAAAUCUGCUUCGUGGUGGCUUCAACUGAAAGCAACCAGAGCUUGUUUGGGGAAGAGUAACGUCGAUUCAUGGGCAAAACUUGAGAAAGUGAUGCGGAAAUCGUUUCUCCCCUACAACUCUGAGAGAACUAUGUUCACUCGGUUACAAAACAUUCGCCAGGGAGCGCGAUCUGUGGAUGAUUAUGCUGAGGAAUUUUCGUUACUAUUAACCCGUAACGAGAUACUAGACAGUGAGACUCAACUUGUCUCGAGAUUUAUUGGUGGCUUGCGUUCCCAAAUUCAAAACGCAAUGUCGCAAUUUGAUCCUCUCACGGUGGCAGAGGCUCACCGUCGAGCUGUUGCCUUCGAGGCUCAGUUUAAGUCGAACACUUCGACAUGGAACUCCUCAACGUGUGCUCGUCAAGUCACGGGUGCUACGGACGGAAAUCAACAGGCUUCUUUACCUAAAAGCGCAACUGACGCCGGAGCCGGGAAAGGAGAACCAUUUGGCAAGACGCCUGGCGUUACAGAGGACCUGCGUCGCUCAACGAGACCGAACGCACUGCGGUGUUAUACUUGUGGGGAGCUAGGUCACAGACAAACCGCCUGUCCCAAUGCUAAUCAUCGUGGUCUCCUGGCUGAAGAGACCAAGUGGGACAAGGAUCAUGACGAGGAUGACGACGAGGGGAUUGAGGAAAUAUUGGAUGAUCACAAUACCGGGGAUAAAGGCACAUUACUGAUGCUAAGGCGUAUUUGUUUGGCACCAAUACGACAUGAUGAUCAACCGUGGUUGCGUAACAACAUCUUCUCGUCUACCUGCACCAUCAACGGCAGAGUGUGUAGUUUUGUCAUAGACUCGGGAAGCUGCAGGAAUGUGAUCUCGGAAAGCGCGGUUCUAAAACUCGGUCUGCGCCGUUCAAAUCACCCUGCUCCGUAUAAGUUGGUAUGGCUGCAAGAGGGCAUUGCCAUUCGAGUCGUCCACCGCGUGUUAGUUUCUUUGUCGAUUGGAGAAUACUACAAGGACAAAAUAUACUGCGAUGUUGUCCCUAUGGAUGUCAGUCAUAUACUUCUGGGUCGCCCAUAG